UGACUUCGUUCUCGUCGACACCCUAGGAGGGAUGGACUUGGCCAACGGUACUGGUGACCGUCUGGACAUGGACAUUUCCUUCGUGGUUACCUUCGACGGCGAGGCCGCUCCCAAGAACGCUUUCAACAACACGGACGUGGGAAUCCGACGCCGUCUACCCUCACGUCAACAGCACCAUGCACAUCGAGGUGUGCAACAUUGUCGACCUCAACUCGACCAGGAAGGCCAUCGUCGAUGUCGCCGCCGACGAUGGCGACGACGGCCCCCACACGGUGACAGAGUUUGAGAUGCUCAUUCUCCUCGUCGCGGUCUCCAUCUACUGCGUGCCCGCCAUCCUGCUUUACGGGGCCCCUCCCAUUCUUUCAUUCAUCAGUCGCCUUCCUAUCAUCAACAUGAUCGUGGACGACAUCCGCCGUGAACUCGCACAUCCUCGACUGUACCUGCUCAACCUCGCGUACAUCAUGGCGGGGCUGUACCUCGCCGAAGAGUCUCUGUUGGGUCCACUGUUUGCCGACCCGUUCGUGCGCAUCGGCUGGCUGAUGGAGCGCGGGUGGAUCAACACCACGUUCCUGGCACAAGACUUCAUGAUCCUCUACCUAUGGGCAUGGUGGAAGGCGGUGGUCCCGGCAGAGCGAGCACGGGCUCUGGACGCAAUGGGUUUGACGGGUACUCCCAUCGUUGAGGAGUGGGCUCUACACAAUACGGACGGCGGUUCGCACCGUCGUGCAUCGGAGACGGGUGGGCUUUCCGGACCUUGGGCGAUGAAAGUGCUCAAGUCAUUCGACAAAGUCUACAAUGUGCUUCUGUACGACGAACAGGGCAUUGCGGCAGUCUUCGUCAAGCCGGAGACGACUGUGCUCUUCGGCGACCUCGACUGAGCUGCAGGCUUGCCCCCUCGCUCAACACAAACAAUGUAAUGUAGUCGCCGGGACGCUCCCUGACGACGACGAAGGCUCGUUGCUCCCGGGCACAUCUACACGAUGAUACGACACGCUGCGGCGCUAUCGUACAUCCUUUCCGUUGGAUUGACAACUCUUGUCAUGCCCUCCGUCGCCGGAUUGGCUUAGGCUGUACAUCGAGUCGGGUACUCGUAGUACAUG